UUGCUUUGCAUAUUAAAACAAAGAAAAAUAAGUAAAAAUGGCUUCUGUUUUAUCAUGCAUUUGCAUGGUUUUUACAAUGUUAAUAGUGAUGAUUUUCUCAAGCCAAGCUCAGCUUUCUUCAAACUUUUAUGAUAGUUCAUGUCCUUCGGCUUUAAGUACUAUCCGAGGAGCUGUUAGUACAGCUGUCUCCGGCGAGCCGAGAAUGGCUGCUUCGCUUAUUCGACUUCAUUUCCAUGAUUGCUUUGUUCAAGGAUGUGACGGGUCCGUGUUGCUAGACGAUACAGCAACCAUAACCGGCGAGAAAACUGCACGAAACAAUGCGAAUUCUAUCAGAGGAUUUAAUGUUAUUGACAAUAUAAAGUCUCAACUAGAAAGCAUAUGUCCUGGAAUCGUUUCAUGCGCUGACAUUGUUGCUGUAGCUGCUCGCGAUGCUUCUGUGGCUGCUACUGGACCAUCAUGGACAGUGAACCUCGGAAGAAGAGACUCGACCACAGCAAGUCGAAGCUUGGCUGAUAGCAACCUUCCUGCCUUUACAGAUAGCUUGAGCAGUCUCACUUCUUUGUUCAGUACCAAGGGAUUGAGUCAAAGAGAUAUGGUCGCCCUUUCAGGAGCACAUACAAUAGGGCAAGCACAAUGUGUGACAUUUCGUGGUAGGAUAUACAACAAUGCAAGUGAUAUCGAAGCUGGCUUCGCUGCGGCUAGAAGAAGUCAGUGUCCAGCAGCCAGUGGCAGUGGAGACAGCAAUCUCGCACCUUUAGAUUUGGUGACACCCAACACUUUUGACAACAACUACUACAGAAAUCUUAUCAGCAAGAGAGGUCUUCUUCAAUCAGAUCAGGUACUUUUCAGUGGUGGAGCUACCGACACCAUUGUUAACCAGUACAACAGAGACUCUAAAGUUUUCAGAGCUGAUUUUGCAUCUGCCAUCGUUAAGAUGGGAAAUAUAAGUCCCUUAACCGGUUCCCAAGGACAGAUACGAAGGGUUUGCAAUCUGGUUAACUAAUUUACCAAUUUUCACUUGUCCGGAUAAACAAUACUAAAUAUCUAAAUGUUCCGUGUUUGUAAUAAACAAUGGAUGAAUGGCUAAGCAAGAUUCAUACCAUUUUUAUUUAAUAUUUUUUUAGUUUCUAUAUGUGUGUUCAUGUAAUUCAUCAUUUGAUGGACCUUUAAAAAGAAAUUACAUGCGAUCUUGGUAAUUAA